GGAGGAAUUGUCCAUGGGAAAUUUAAGUCACAUCAUAGGAAACAUACAGCAAAAGCAACAGAUCGGGAUCAAGAGAUGAGACGAUCCCAGAGUGUUCUACCUAUUAAGGCUUCAGGUUUUCCCAUAAUCCAGAAUGGUUCUAACGCCACACUGUGUCAUGUGCAGACUUGUAAAUGUUGUAACAAGAGUUGUCUCACUUCCACUGAUGAAGAAAACGACUCAGUCACAAAAACUCUGGACAUAGAAGAAGACAGUCGAGGCACCCAAGUCGACUUGAUAUUAGGUCAACUCAGCUCUGUCCAUUCUCCAAUGCCAGUCAUUCCAAAGCGCGGAUUUAUGAAUACUUUCGGUCAUAUCCAACUUGUAACAAAACUAUACGAUCUACGAGGUGAAGGGAGGUUUGAGGCACAUGAGCAAAUGAUACGAGAACAGUUGGCAAAGAAGUCGCCUAAAGAUGUUGACAUGGAAGCAAUUUUAGAGAUUGAGCGCGCAAGGGCCUUUUAUUUCCAGAACAAUCUUAAAGGUACCAAAAGAAUACUAAAAUUUGUACUUAAACUGGAACCGCAGUUGAAAAACCCGGGAAUUCUGACGGGACGAGCCUUGAAUCUUUUGACGGCGGUGUACAAGCGUCAGAGAAAAUUUGGAAAUGCUAUGAGAUGCGUGGAAGAGGCAAAAAAAGCUCUUGAUUUUCAGGAUUCUCACGACGAUAAAGGAGAACUGCAUUAUAGUUAUGGCGCACUGCUUGACUCUUUACCUGCAGCGAAUAUUACUCAGGACACCCGAAAAACUAAAGCGUACAAAUCUUAUGAGCUGGCAUGUCAGUACGCUGUAAUCAACCGAGAAUACAUUAACAUCAAAAUGGCAGCUCUGCUCCUAGAGCCCUGCUCCGAGGUAGCGAACAACAACACCCACAUCUGCAAAGAAGACGUCAUGAAAGCAAAAAGGCACCUUGAUUCUACUGAAUCUAGAACUGCUGAUGGUAACAUGGUGUUAGGAACAAGAAUAAAGCAUCUUCUUUUGCGGUCUGAUCAGUACUGCUCCGAACAAAACAAUGCUAUGGCUAUCGAGAAGGCUAAAGAGGCGAGGUUGCUCACCCUCAGACAUGGGUUUGAGCUGGAACUUGAUUCUGCCGAGAAGCGCAUUAGGCGCUUGUCUGAUAUGCAAAGGCUAGAAAAAGGGGAAUGGCUUAGCAGUGAAUUGUGUUCAAGCAGUGAAAAUCAAACUGUUAGCGAAGGGAACAGCUCAUGUCUUGAGUAAUGAACACAAUGUCGGGAUCUCUGCUUAAAGAGUGUGGGAAUUUUGGUUGAGACGCACUUGACAGGACAAGAUGAUUUUGGCUAAGUCGCACAUGGGUCAAAUUUCAAAGUAAAAGAGAAAAUAAAAAUGGCGAAUGAUAGUACAGACGAACCUUCGGACAAUUAAAAAAAAUGCAUAAGAAACAAAAUUUUAAACUUCUCCUCUGUCGCUGGAACAGGGUGCGAAAUGCUCCUCAAGCUGAAGAAAACGCUUUUGUCACAAAAUCAGUUAGGAAUGCACAUAUUACAUAUGUAUACGACUGUGCAUAUUCAACUUAACUAAUAAAGUUCUUAUAAAAUAUGUAUGUCAAGAUACGUUUUAACUGAGCUUUUGAAAUUAAUUAAAGUAUUUGAUAAGCAGAUGCUGCUUGGCAUCGAAAUAGAUUGCUUUAGUGCUGCUGUUUAAGCCCUUGAAAAAAAGUUCAAAGAAGUUUUUUAUUGAAAAGAUACGUUUUAACUGAACUUUUAAAGUUACUUAAAAUUUGAUAAGCAGAUGUUGCCAGGCAUGAGUUUUAUAGUUUUGGUGCUGCUGUUGUAGGGGCCAGCAACGUUUUUAAGUUUUUACUUCUUACAGGAUAGCCUCAAAAUCCCUUAGCUAUAAACUAAACUUGGCAAAGAAAUGGCAAAAAAAGCUAUAAACGACGCUCAAGCAACGCACACGGCGUGGGAAACUCCGCCCUAGGAAAACUCUCAGCGGCGCUAUAGACCGUAAGUAAAUUCAACGAAUCGUACAGAAGUAAUAAAAGUAUGCACCGAACACCCGCAGUCAGAUUGACUGAUGUAGUUUCUGAUCUUACCAAUGUUCUUCAAAGCAAGAUGAUCAGAAUUACAAAUGUUGUCAACAUGUUUUGUCACUUGAAGAUGUGAAUCAACAAUGACUCUCAGAUCACGAACAGUUAGUGAAGGUGCAAUAUUUACAUUGUUUAUAUUAUGUCCAAGAAUUUUUCCAUGAUGCUUUGCAAACUGCGAUGUUCAAUGUAGAACUUCUGUUUUGCCUGAAUUGCGAGCAAGUCCAUAUUUUGUACACCAGAUGAGGAUACCCAUUAUGCACGACUCAGUUUUGGAAAUAAUGAGAGAGCGAUCAUUCUUGAGUAUCCAGAAGAAUCGCGAACUCUUGGACAAAGGUGCUAUGAUCGUUAAGGGAUAAUUUAGUUUUAUCAACUGAGUUGAUAACGUAAAAUGGCUACCGUAAAUAGUUACAAAGUUGACGUUUCGAGCGUUGGCCCUUCGUCAGACCGGGAUUAAAACUUGCGAGGUAAACUGUAUUGUCCAUAGGAAUACAGUUGAGUCCCUUGUGUGAUUGGUGAUGAUGCCGAUUCAAAUUAGUGAAAUGCCUUCUCCCUGAAAUGUGCACAGAAAUAUUUAAAUUGACAAGUGGAGUGGAAAUGACUGAUCGCUUAAUGCUUGAUUUUCUUUACAGGUUUGCUCGUUUUCUCUUAACUUGUGCGAAGACAUAAUGGAUAAACUGUCUAACUCAGUGAUAAGGUAGGAGCACGAGGCUUCUACUCUCUUACUAAUGCGGUUGAGAGAUAAAACAAACUUUAAAUUUAAAAUUUAUUAUUAAGGAAUAAGAAAAGGGGAAAAGAGAGAAUAGGAAAAUGGCGAAGAUUACAAUGAAGUUUUGCGGGAACUUUAAAGAUUUAAGCUUAACUUUUUCGGCAUACAACCGAAGAGAAAUGGAGUUGUGAAAUGCGCGAGGACUAGACAACAUCUAGCAGAGUGCGAGGGGGUCGGGUGGGGGAGAGGGCGAGGGGGUCGUGUGGGGAAGAGCGCGAGGGGGUCGGGUGGGGCAGAGGGCGGGGGGGUCGGGUGGGGUAGAGUGCGCCAAGAAUAAUUUUCUGCGAUUCGUUUGCUCUUUUUUGAAGAGGACAGAAAGGGCAAAGUUCUGCAGCUCUUUUACUCAUCAUUGCAGUUCCUCUAAGAUCGUGGUAUAAACAAUUCAGGCGUAGAAUUUUAUAAUUUAACAUACUAGACCAGCUAUGUUAAUAUUGUCUUCUUUAGACCGGUCAUUCAGCAUACUGUGUAUCUGGAAUAUGCCUGUGAAACACUCUGGCAAAUAUCUCAGCAUAUUUUUCGUAAAAUUGUUGUUAGAAUGUAAAUAUAACAAUUUGAAUGUUGGGGUGAAUAAUUUGUUUGUCUUACAAUUCUUAUUGUCUUUCUUUGAUCCGGCUGCUCGGAGGUUGACUUGUCUUCAUUCGUUUCUAAGAAGGAUUUGACGAUGCUGUAUGGUAUCGUUUGGUCUUUUAUUGUUUGUCUGUGAUUUGUUUAUUUUAUACUGAAUGGCUCCCAUCUCAGCAUAUGUCGUAAUCUUCAUGAUAUCACCUUCCCUCACUGCUUUUUGCCUUUGGAUAGCGGAAAUGUAAAUAGGGACUAAGAGACGAAUCCUCGAUAUACCUUUUUAUGUUCCGCCAUUGAUGAGUGGUAUGCAGACGAAGACAUCUGUACGCAUUGCGGUCCGGCUUUACCGGGCUCUCCUUCUUGCUAAAUGAGAGGCUCUUGGGAACGAGGUUGGAAGGAAAUUUUGUAUUCACGAAACGGAAGGUCUGUGAGUGUUUCAGCGCGGAGAUGUUUAACAUUUCGUGCUUCAUUUCAACGGAUAUUACUUGUUAAACCACGGUAAGUUAUGUUUGACGUCUUCAUUAGGUCAUACUUCCUAGGUUUAUGGUUCCAGUUGACAGCUUUCAUUCACGCGCUCGACAAUUCGGGCAAAAAAUUUCCGCAUAAACAAAAUGGUAUCACUGCCGAAAUGAAAACAAAAUUUUCAUCUUCAACUUAAGAUCAUGAUCAGUGAUCCCCAUAGCGUGCAGUGGUGUUUUAACCGAUGCUAUGGUUCACAAUCAAAAUCGAAAGGAAAAGGAAUUUUAAUUGCUGUUUAACAGGAAGGAACGUUCAGUCCUCACAACUUCCGUUUUGUGUACUUUUAGGGUUUCAGAUAAAUAAGCCAAAAUGGAUAUUUGUCUUGCUCUUGUUUUCUGAUCCGAUACCAUAACAUAAUGUUGGUUUACAGGCAUGAUCUCCAUCAUGGCGUGAAAAUUUUUUAAGAACGCCACAAUCUAUAAGGUUCAGUUUCAUGAGAAGAAUUUAUCAGGCGAUUUGUAAUCAAGUCUUUCGACUUACAAGCGUUUGAUUCUUGACAACACAGACGCCAUACAUUAAAGAUGAUUUUUCCAGAACUGAUGGAAUACGCACAAUAUUUAGCGUAUUUCUUCCGAUGAUUUUGACGUGUUAACAAACAAAUACUUCCUCCUUCCCUAUCUCAAUCACUCGUGACCGACCUUUUUAAAUGAUGAUGCGGUCAAAGAAGGUUUAAGUAAAUAAUUAGCUUUUUCAAAAUAUUUGCCCGUUAUAAACCUUUUUUUCAGCCUAUAACAGAUUUAAAAACAAGGUAUGGUGUUGACCGCAAUAUACAUCGUUUUGUUUGCCCUACCGCGCGGUACUGGGUUCAGUUUACUUAUUAUGGUCUGGACGAUGAGCCUUCAGUUAGUUGAUUUCGCGUUUUUCGUUUCCCUCAGGCCCAUAACUCCAGUAAGUAGUGUUUCGUUUCCUGUUUGUUUCUUUUAGUUUCCUUUAUUCGAAUCUUAUUUUUUCCUUAAUUCUUCUAGUCAAACUAGAUCUUACGAGUCAUAUGAUAAAGAUUAUACGCAUUGACAGAUCAAGUCGAAUAUUUAUCUACAUAGGGAAAAAUCAGUCCUAACUUUUAAAACGUCUUAGCUCCUCUAAUUUUGAAACCGGCUUUGUCGAGACCGCGGACUUUCCUACGAUUUUCCUCUCUCAGGUUGUCACACACAGAGCUUUGAGUUUUGUGAUAUGUGAGAUAUAAAAUAUAUUUUUAUUUCCGGACACUAUGACCUUUGAUUAGAAUCUUUAACUUUUUCAAAAUCCUUAGAGAAGUUUCUUCACCUUACUAUGUCCCCAAAGGUUCAAUCUUUCUUCUUCCGAGGGAUCAUGAUGAAAAAACCCAGAGACGCAGUUGCUUUGAACUUUACAUCCGUCUGAGAUUUGAGGGUCGAAAGUAAUGCGGAUUGGACCGGUUUUGCUAUACUUCGCUCUGUGAUUGGUCAAGAAAAUAUGCACUACCUUCUCGUCCAAUCAAACGCACUUCUGGGCAGUCAGGGUGUCUGAGUACGCCUAUAUAGUCUAGCUGAGAUAUUUUUCCUUUCCUCAGUGUGAUGAGAGGUGUUCUUGACUUCGGUAUAACAUGGACCCUCGAUCGAAAUUUGAACGCUUUGUAUCAUGUUCCAUUUUUUCUGUCCUGUUACGUGUGACUUAGGUCAGGUUGCCGAGCAGGUUUUCUGAUUCCUCAAGCAUAUUGAAUGUUUUUCAUUGGGUUUCGUAUUACAUAUUCGCACAUAACCUGUGUUUGUCAUUUUAUUUUAUUUUCAGGUGCACUUAAAUUGUCUUCAAACAUUCCCUUAUUUUGAUUCACGGUUAUUAUUAACUCGUUAUCAUCAAGUCACACUGGAAACAUUUUAAUUACUGGGCAGUAAAAUCACUUACUGUCAAUUGCCUCAACAAUGACCACUCAGAAUAGCCUUUCCUUUGGAGUUUUUCUCACAGAAUUAGACGAGGAUAUUCCUGAAGAUUUCACCGAUGAAGUUCAGAAUGGAGAUCCGGUGUGUACUCUUUCUUAUGACGGGAAGAUCCACCCUCUCUUGGAAGGCGGAGUCGUUCAUGGAAAAUGUGAAUCACAUCAUAGGAAAGGUAAAGCAAUAGAAACAGAUCAGGAUCAAGAGAUAAGACAAUCCCAAAAAGUUCUACGUAUCAAGGUUUCAGGUUUUUCCAAUAUCCAGAAUGGCUCUAACAGCACACCGUGUCAAGUACCGACUUGUAAAUAUUGUAGCAAGAAUCUGCCCUCUUCAUCUGAUGAAGAAAACGAUUCAGUCACAAAAACUCAAGAGACAGAAGAAGACAGUCAAGGAACCCAAGUCUACUCGAUAUUAGGCAAACCCAACUCUGUCCAUUCUCCAAUGCCAGUCAUUCCAAAGCGCGGAUGUAUGAAUACUUCCGGUUAUAUCUUACUUAUAACAAAACUACACGAUCUACAAGAUAAAGGGGAGUUUGAGCUACAUGAGCAAAUAAUACGAGAACAGUUGGCAAGAAGAUCGCCCGAAGAUGUUGACAUGGAAGUGAGUUUAAAGAUUGAACGCGCAAUGGCCCUUUUUUUUCAGAACAAUGGUAAAGAUGCCAAAAGAAUACUAAAAUUUGUACUGAAACUGGAGCCGCAGUUGAAAAACCCGGGAAUUCUGAUCGGACGAGCCUUGAAUCUUUUGACGGCGGUGUACAAGCGUCAGAGCAAAUUUGGAAACGCUAUGAGAUGCGUGCAAGAGGCACAAAAAGCUCUUGAACUUCAGGAUUCCCAUGAAGACAAAGCGGAACUCUAUCAAAGUUAUGGCGCACUGCUUAACUCUUUACCUGCAGCGAAUAUAACUCGGGACACCCGAAAAACUACAGCGUACAAAUCUUAUGAGCUGGCAUGUCAGUACGCUGUAAUCAACCGAGAAUACAUUAACGUCAAAAUGGCGGCUCUGCUCCUAAAGUCCUGCUCUAAGGCAGCGAACAACAACACCCACAUCUGCAAAGAAGACGUC